UCAAACCAAACAGCUUUGCCUUCCCCCUUCACAAUGAAGGUCUUAAUUCUAGCAGUAGUCUUAACCCUUGUGGGUUGUCAGCAACAAAAUCAACAAACUCAAUCAAACAGACAUGAAGUUAUCUCCUAUGACUAUGAAUUUGAAAUUCAGAAUAGAAUUUCAGGAAAAGGGUUUGCAAGUGCUGGAAUGAAAGUUAAAUGUAAAGUGGAUAUUGGUCAAAUUGAUCCAGAUCGCAAGUUUAUGCAGACCCGCUCCUUUGAAGUAUUUGACUACAAUGGAGUCUACCCCUGGCAGACUUUCAUUCGGUCCCCAAAACUGACUGAACUGUUUGAAAGAGAGGUGAAGGAUGUAAUCACGUUUCAACACAGGAAUGGCCAUGUUGAAGAUAUCAUGGCUCCAGCACAAAUCUCAGAAUUUGCUUUUAACAUCCUCAAAGGAAUUUUGAAUUUACAUGAAUAUACCCUGAAAAUCGACCAGAAAAACUAUAAUUUAAGAGAGAAUGGCAUUGAAGGCAAGUGCAACACAACAUACUUCCUGAGAAAUUCAGAGAAAAAUGAUGAGUUUCUAGUAACCAAGUCAAAGGAUUUAACUGACUGUGAUGACAUGGUUUUAAAGGUUGUUGGUGCUGCAUAUGCAAUCCCAUGCAAGUCCUGCCAGCAGAGAAACAAGAAUUUCCAAGCUGCUUCUACAUACAACUACACAUUUAAGGAUAUGCAGAAUGGACAGAGGCUGCUUCUGGAAGCCAAUAGCCUUGAAAUACGUCAGUUCAGCCCAUUCAAUGAGUUAAAUGGAGGAAUUGCCUUAAUGGAAGCCAGCCAGAAAAUUGUAUUCACUGGUUCCCAGGAACGCGUGCCCGUUAUGCCUUCUGACUUGAAGAAAUUUGGGUCACUUGCAUACAAUUUUAAAGGUGAACUCCCUGCACUUCCUAUUCAGUUACCGAAAAUCAAAAAUCGAGAAAAAGAGAUUGAGGAUGUAUUACAAUAUUUGGCAGGCCACUCAAAUGAGAAGUUUCCAGUUGACGGUCCAAUAAAAUUCUUAGAGCUUGUACAACUUUUCCGCACAGCAGAUGACAUUGAUUAUUUUGAUACAUUCUUUAAACGAUACUCUAGCCAGGCAGCGUACAGGAGGGUAAUCCUGGAUUUAAUUCCUGCUGUUGGCAAUCCAGUUGCAAUUAGAUUCCUAAGGAAUAAAAUGGAACAUGGAGAACUGACCAAUUUUGAAAUAUCACACACACUGCUUGUGUUCUUCCAUUUCUGCAAUGCUUCUCAAGAAGUAUUAGAUGAAGCAAUGAUCAUUGUGACAGAUGUUCUUAAAGGCCCCGAAAGUGCCUAUCGCAGAGUUAUCACCCUUGGCUAUGGAUCAUUACUUAACAGAUACUGCUCGACCUCAGAUGUGUGCCCUGACAAGUAUCUCAAGCCCCUGACUGAUUUUGCAACAAAAGCAGCAGAAUCAUCUGAUAUAGAAGGAAUAGUUCUCGCUCUUAAAUUCUAUGGAAAUGUGGGCCAUCCAGCUGCCUUGAAGCCAAUUAUGAAAUUCAUCCCAAAUUCUGCAUCUUUUAUUGAUGUUAGAAUUCCUACAAAUGCAAUAAUGGCUCUAAGAAAUAUUGGCAGCAGAGACCCAGUACGGAUCCAGGGAAUUGCUCUUCAAAUAAUCCUGAACUACAAGGUUAAUGCUGAAUUCCGAGUUCUUGCUUCCAUGGUCUUGAUUGAAUCCAAACCAACCCUUCCUUUGUUGAUGACCUUGGCUAAUUCUAUGUUGAACGAACCCAGCAUGCAGGUGGAAAAUUUUGUCUACACUCAUCUGAGUGCAAUGGCCAAAUUUAAAUCUCCUAAUUUUCACGAGAUGGCUUCUGCCAGCAGAGUGGCUCUCAAAGUACUUGGCAGGAAAAUCCAACAGUCAGCAGGUUAUCGAUUUAGCCGAGUAUUCAUCUUGGGCACUUUCAGAGAAUCUCUUAUGGCUGCUAUGGGGGCUAAAUUUGUCUUCAUACAUAAAGAUGGGAGCAUGCUUCCAUUCAUAGCAAUAGUUGGAUCCAGGAUAGAUUUUCUUGGCCAUAUCCUUUUUCCUUUGGAAGUUGGCAUUACAAAUACAAAGUUAUCUGAUAUCUUAGAUAGGGUAUAUGGAAAGGACAAAGAUGCCAAAGUACCCAGUGAUCUAAGUGAUCUUCUCAAACCGUUCUCUGAUCAGCAAAUGGCUCAUGGAUCAUUUAUUGGAGAAGGAUAUAUAAAAAUGUUUGGCCAAGAAAUCAUGAGUGGGCCCUUCAAAACUGGCAUGAUCCGUGAAAUACUUCAGGGAUACCAAGGAAGAACACCAUUUCCCUUGGCACAGGAAUUUGUGGAUACCCUCAAAAAACACAAUACCCUAGAGUGGGACAAGAAUUUGAUGUCUGCAGAAAUCCAUCGUGCUGUGCCUACCUGUACUGGACUUCCAUGGCAAAUCAGCUUGGUUCAUGUUUGUAACACAAAAUUGGUUGGAAAUGUUCAGUUAUCGAUAACUCCUGAGCCAACAUCACAAUUGACUUUGCCAGACAUGAUUAAUAGCAACUUUAAACUGAAAACCAAGCUGAAUCUCAGCAUCUUGAAAGAUAUGAUCUUGACAAUGGGAAUUAUAACACCUGAAAUGCAGGCUGUUCUGGAAGAAAGUGAUAAACUGGCAGUAAAUGUCCCUUUGAAUGUUGAUUUUACCAUGAAUAUUAAAGACAAGAUCUUCAAAGUUGAACUUCCACCAUGCAGCCAGGAAACUGACAUCUUUUCUCAAAGGCUUAAGACAUCUGCUGUCACUCGCAAUAUUGAAGAGGCACCUGCUAGUAAGUCAACUCCUGUGCUUCUCCCUGAGACGAUGUCUAACAUAAUAAAGCAGUCUUUUGAUUCUUCUUCAGUUGAACAGGAUAGAAGAAAGGAAGAACCAUUUUCAGAAAUCAGGUCAACAGAACAGAUCUACUCGCAAAAACAAUCAGAACGCCACUUAGACUCAAUUCGACAAAUGAUGUGCUUUGAAACGUGUACAUUUGGAUGUAAAGUUUGCUUUGAAUCAGCAAAUGCAUAUGCUGGAUGUAUCCUAGGUGACUCCCUAUACAACAUUAUUGGUGAACAUGUUUUAAAAUUAACCCUCAAGCAAGAUGAUACAAGAGCACCAAUUGAGAAGUUACAAUUCACACUUCAAGGAGGUGUGCAAGCUGCUGAAGCGAAGGUGCGGCUACAGAUGAGAAAAGAAAGGAGCAGCAGCUCUGAAGAUUCUGAAUCCAGCUCUGAUAGCUCAUCAAGCACUGCCUCUUUGGCCAGAGGUUCAGAUAAAAACAUGAACUUGAAGCAAGCAAGAAUUGUGAAUGAAGAAGGGCAGCAGGAACAUGAUCAGGAGCGUUACCGUGAUCAAAAGCAACCUCCAGAGAAAAGGAAGAAGACGUUAUCUUCCCAGCUUAGGAGGAGUAGCAGUAGCAGUAGCAGUAGCAGAAGUAGUAGCAGCAGCAGCAGCAGCAGCAGAGAUAGUAGCAGCAGUGACAGUAGCAGUGACACCAGAUCUAAGCAGCAUGGUAAAGGGAAGCACCAAAAAUACCAGAACAAGAAACACAACAAGAAUCAGUCAGGCAAUAAAAGGGGACGUUUUGAUGAAAGCAAAUAUUCAGAGAGACCUCCCACCAAAUACAAUGAAGAACGAGAGAGGCAACGUUGGACUGAUCUAUCUCCCCCAAGGAUACGAGGCCUGCAGUGGUCCAUGUUCAGCUUCAAGGAAAGCUAUCCCAACCAGGAAGAGUCAAGCAGUUCAUCAUCUUCCUCUGAAUCAAGCAGCAGCAGUUCCAGCAGCUCCAGUCGGAGAAGCAGCAGCAGCUCCAGUAGCAGCAGAAGGAGCAGCUCCAGUAAAAGCAGCAGUAGCAGCAGCAGCUCCAGUAGCAGCAGCAGUGAUUCAAGCCAGUCACAAUCUGAAAACCGUCGAGAUGAUCUUAUACCUUACUUCACUGUUGUGGCUCGGGCACUUAGGAGUGACAACAAAGAUCAGGGCUACAAUUUGUCCAUGUACAUGGACCAUGAAAGCUACAAUUUCCACAUCAAAAUGAUUGCAAAAGAGCUUGCCAAAACUAAGUGGAGAGCCUGUUUUGAUAGCCAGGUGUUGCCGUACAAAUUCCAGAGUUCUAUAAAGUGGGGUAAAGAAUGUCGAGAUUACAGCAUUGAAAUGAAAGCUUCCAAAGGCCAAGUUGCAAGACAUGAUGCCUUGCAAAUGAACAUGAAGUGGACAAAGCUUCCAGCCUUCAUCAGGGAACAAGUAGCAUGGGCUGUGGAAUACCUUCCUGGUAUUGCCUACCUUUCUGGCUUAACGGCAGUUUAUGAGAAAAAUCCUUCCCGUGAACUGAUGCUGAGAAUGAUUGCAACAACUCCAUAUACAACUGCUAUGAUCUUUAAAAUUCCUGGGGAAACCUUUUACAGAGAUAGUCUCUGUACUCCAUUUAUUUUACCAGUUAUCCCAGGUGCAUAUUAUCAGCCUCCUCAAAUAACCAGCUUCAACAUUAUAGAUUUUGCUUCGUGGCUAGCCCAAGGAGAUCAAGCUGUAUGUGAGGUGGGUGAAAACAGGAUUGUAACUUUUGAUGGCAAGAUAUUCAACACUACACUCAAAAGCCAGGAUUGUGACCUACUAGUGGUUCAGGACUGCAACAAAAGUGUCAGUUAUCACCCAAAAUUUCGUAUAUGGACAAGAAAACCAGAUCUUGAACUUCCAAGGGAGAUUCACCUCGAUUUGAGUACUGUGUAUAUCAAAGUUUUACCUUCACUGGAUGCGUAUAUUGUGCUGUUAAAUGGCAAACAAGUACUAGUGGACAAAUUGAUGCAUGAAGAUUCUGCAGCAAAAAUUAAAAUUUACAGAGAUAACACAACUAUUGCCAUUGAGGCUCCAGAGCAUGGCCUAAUGAAUGUGACAUAUGAUCGUACCCUGCUGAAAGUCACUGUUGCUUCAAGGAUGAAAGGUCAUACCUGUGGACUCUGUGGAGACAACAAUGGAGAACAAAGGAAUGAAGGUCUGAUGCCAAAUAAGGAGCUGGCUUUAAAUUCCAUUGAUUAUUUUCGAUCUUGGUCAUCGCCAGACAACUGUGCUUCAGAAAGGGAACCAACAUCAUCUGAGUCUGAGAAGGCAGAGACAGCAUAACUCUGAGUGACAACAAGAACAUCUUGAAAACUACAAGCUUCUUAGCUAUGAAACUUUGAUACUCAAAGCAACUGGACAGCUACACAAGAAACAUAAAAGACUAUAAUUAUUGUUAAUAUGAACUAAUUUAAAUUAAAUGUAUUGUGCACCCAUUGUCAUUCAUAAUAAACACAUUACACAUUUAAUAAAUAA